AUGCGCCCAAUAAGAUCAGCGGCCGCUCUUGUUAAAUACUGCCGGUGCUUUGAUAGCUCCGCCAGAUUUGGAAAGGAGCUUGGCUUCGGCCACAAGAUGCGCGACAUACCCGUCCUCACAGGGAACCCGCGACCCGUUGCAAAGGAGGAAGGGUGGCGCUGCGCCUACAAGCUCACAGACUCUAUGGAAGAUGUUGUUAGAGACGUUUUGAAAAAGGAUGGCUGGAGCGACAUUGAAGUACAACGUGAGAUGGAGCAGAUCUUCGAGAGGAAAUCGCACGCGAUCCGCUCAUCCCUUAAUACGUGGACGACCGUGGAGGAGUUUCAGCGCACUCCUUGGUACCGCCGGUACAAACCGACGGAUACUUGUGCGGCCAAGUACAUCUCAUACGAGGCGAUCAAAUUACUGGAGAGCGCCUUGAUUCCCCCGUCGCUAAGGACGGAUCCAUACGCUCAUCUACGCAAGCGCCACAUGGAAGAUAACUGGAUGAAUGAUAAAUUCUCUGAAGAGUCUGCGAUGUACAUUAAACGAGAAGAUUUGUUGAAGCAAACACGAGGUCUCCCGGAAUACGGAAAGAUAACGAGACGAAAGUUUUUAGAGUUCGAUAGGAAGUUCAAAACGUCUUACGGCGCAAAACAGCAUGUGAAUGAGUCGUAUGCUGCGUGGUUGCAGUCUCUGAAUGGUAAGUAA